CCCACAGCAGCAGCUUCCUGCCCUCCCCCCCGCCCCUGUGGCCUCUAACCAGACCAUGAAUCAGCCAGGUCCCUGUAGUCUCUGCACACAAAACAGGGUGAUGAAGCAGUGGUCAGGCCCUUGCCAGCCUUGGAGGCAGUGCAGAGCAGCUGUGGGCCCCAGUGCCCGGCCUGCAGCCUCUCUCCCUGCAGGACAGGGCAGGAAAAGCAAACAACGAGGUGGCCAGUGGCCCUGCCAGGUGUUCUUAGAAGAGGCCUCAGGGGAGGGGCUGUGAACAGACAUCAGCUGACCUUGGGGUCACGGGAGGGGCCAAGGCUGGGCUUGGGCCCGGCUGGAGGCAGAUCCUACUUGGGCUGUUAGGAAACCCCAGUGCUGGUGGGCAGCGUGCCGUGCCGCAGACAGGCGGGGCAUCAGGGAACUAGGUGGCACCUGCUUAACCCCAACACAGCCAUCAGCUCAGUCUGGGGGGACUUGUGCUGAUACUGGCCACCCGGCACGAGGGAGUUAAUGGAGCUGAGACCUCGGGGCAGGGCCAACCGACAGCUGCCCAACAGCAGGGAAGCCAGAGGGCAGGAGCAGCCAGCCCACCAGACCGCCCUUGCGCACUCUGCAUGCGGGAUGGCCCUGAGGAAAGGAGGCCUGGCCCUGGUGCUGCUGCUAUUUGGGGUAGCACUGGGGCCCUAUGGCAGCCUGGAGGGAGCAGAGCCCGGAACACUGGCAAAUGCUGAAGGCCCACAGUGCCCGGCCUCAUGUACCUGCAGUCGUAACUAUGAGGAUGAGCUCCAUGUCUUCUGUAGCACAAGGAACCUCACAAGGCUGCCUGAUGGCAUCCCGGAGGGCACCAGGGCCCUGUGGCUUGACGGCAACAACAUCUCCUCCAUCCCCCCGGCAGCCUUCCGGAAUCUCUCAGGCCUUGACUUCCUCAACCUGCAGGGCAACCUGCUUGGAAGCCUGGAGCCUCAGGCACUGCUGGGCCUGCAGAACUUGUACCACCUGCACCUGGAGCAGAACCAGCUACGGAGCCUGGUGGCUGGCUCGCUUGCGCAUACACCAGGCCUUGCUUCACUAAGCCUCAGCAGCAACCUGCUGGGCAGGCUGGAGGAGAGCAUUUUUCGAGGCCUCAGCCACCUCUGGAUUCUCAACCUCAGCUGGAACAGCUUGGUGGUGCUGCCUGACACUGUGUUCCAGGGCCUGGACAACCUCCGGGAGCUGGUGCUGGCAGGUAACAAGUUGGCCUACCUGCAGCCGGCGCUCUUCUGUGGCCUGAGUGAGUUGCGGGAGCUGGACCUCAGCAGGAACCUGCUGCGAAGCGUCAAGGCCAAUGUCUUCGUGCAGCUGCCCCGACUCCAAAAGCUUUACCUGGACCGCAACCUCAUCACGGCUGUGGCCUCUGGCUCCUUCCUGGGUAUGAAGGCACUGCGCUGGCUGGACCUGUCCCACAACCGCAUGACUAGCCUCCUGGAGGACACCUUCCCAGGACUGCUGGGCCUGCGUGUCCUGCGCCUGGCACACAAUACCAUUACUAGCCUGAGGCCCUAUACUUUCAAGGACCUGCACUUCCUGGAGGAGCUGCAGCUUGGUCACAACCGAAUUCGGCAGCUGGUGGAGAAGACAUUUGAGGGCCUCGGGCAGCUGGAGGUGCUUAAGCUCAAUGACAACCAGAUCCAUGAGAUCAAGGUAGGUGCUUUCCUUGGCCUCUCCAAUGUGGCUGUCAUGAACCUCUCCGGCAACUGUCUCCAGAGCCUCCCUGAGCAGGUGUUCCAAGGCCUAGGCAAGCUGCACAGUUUGCACCUGGAGGGCAGCUGCUUGGGCCACAUCCGCCUAUAUACCUUUGCUGGCCUCUCAGGACUGCGCCGGCUUUUCCUCAAAGACAACAGCAUUUCCAGCAUUGAGGAGCAGAGCCUGGGUGGGCUGCCUGAGCUCCUGGAGCUGGAUCUCACCUCCAACCAGCUCACACACCUGCCUCACAGGCUCUUCCAAGGUCUAGGCCAGUUGGAGUACCUGCUCCUUGCUCACAACCAGCUGUCGGCACUUUCCUCGGACAUCCUGGGUCCCCUGCAGCAGGUAUUUUGGCUGGACCUCUCGCACAACCGCUUGGAGGUGCUGGCCGAGGGCCUCUUCUCACCACUGGGGAAGCUGCGCUACCUCAACCUCAGGAACAACUCCUUACAGACCUUUGUGCCACCUCUUGCCAACCUGGAGCGCCUAUGGCUUAAGGGCAACCCAUGGGAUUGCCAUUGUCCCUUGAAGGCACUGUGGGACUUUGUCCUGCAGAGGCCCAGCAUUGUGCCCCGCUUUGUGCAGGCUGUGUGUGAGGGAGACGAUUGCCAGCCUGUAUACACUUACAACAAUAUCACCUGUACCAGCCCUGCCAGCGUCUCAGGCCUUGACUUGCGGGAUAUUAGUGAAGCCCAUUUUGUACACUGUUGACCCAGGUCUGCUGCCCCUAGUGCUCCUGCUAGGCUGGCUCUGGCCUUUAGGAUGGGUCUUUGCUGUCACCAGGGGCCUGGUGGGCUUGCUGCCCCUAGCUAUGGGGACCAGCCCUGGGCUGUUUGUUCACUUCCUGGGGGAGAGUCCCGGCAGGUGAGUGACCCAGGCUCAGGAGAGGUGGGCAUGAGUGGGUGCCCACAAGCCUCAAUAGUAGGGUGGAGACACAGCAGCCCUUUCCAGCUGUCCACAAUUAAAAGCUAACAGUGUGUGACCUUGAGAAUUAAGCUGAUGGAAGGUGAGGCAAUAUCACCUGUGUU